UUUUGCUCCCUCUUACAAUCUUUGCCCAUUAUGUGACAGCACACUGAGCUGAGCGAGCACUGGAGAGUAUUGUGUCUGUCUCAUUUUCCUUCUCUUUGUCCUCCAAGUAUGGGAUCCUAACAGCGCUUGGACUGUCGUCUCUGUGGAUUGUACUGACUUGACUGUGGAGCUUUCUCUGUUCUCUGUAGAGUUUUUCUCCCAUCUCCUCUGGGGAUUACAACAGGAGUAGUGUGUGUGUGUGUGUGUGUUAGUGUAUGUCCCAGGCCAUGCCUGCCUCUGAUAGUUUUGAGUCUAGCAGGAGUGGAUCACCAUGAGAGGGGGUCACCACCAGCGAGGGUGUGGGUGUCAACACCUGUUCAGAAAAGUGCUCACCAAAUGUGGCUGCUGCUAUGUCCGAGUCAGAGAGCCAUACUCUGUGGCAGGGAGUGAGGGCAGCAUCACCCCCUCAGUGGGCUCUGCACCCCACCAGGCUUCGGGCAACUCCAGCCCCUGCUCCCACUCCCCGUCUGGGGGAUCGCGGCACCCGGUCAGUGCCCUGAAGAAAUGGCUCACCAAUCCAGUGCGCAAACUGAGCUCCGAUGCCCGAGGAGGAGGGGUCAAAAGUGAGAAGCAGAUGUGCAGGAUAGAUGGGAGGCAGCCCCCAUCGCUCAUCUCUCAUGGAUCCCAGGCUCAAGGAAAGACACAGGACAUCCAAACCAUCCUCCCCUUUUCAGACACGGAGUGGAAAGAUGGUCAGUUGAGUCCAGCAGCUCCUUCUCCUGCACAACCCGCCUGUCAAAACGACCAGUCUGACCCUCUGCAAGGCAAAGACACACAGAGUCUGAGCCAGCAGUCCAGCUUCAAUGCUCUCCCGGGUGAAAAUGGCUGCCCUGUGGCUGACAACCCGACCAGCCAGUGGUCUGCUAAAGUAGAGAGCGAAGAGGAGAGAAACAUUGCCUUAGAGAAGAGCCUAUAUGUCCUGACUGAGCUGAUAGACACAGAGAAGAUGUAUGUGGAAGACCUUGGACUCAUAGUGCAGGGCUACAUGGCCACCAUGGCCAGUCAAGGGGUUCCAGAAGACAUGAAAGGGAGGGACAAGAUCGUAUUUGGAAACAUUCACCAGAUCUAUGACUGGCAUAAGGACUAUUUCCUGGGAGAGCUGGAGAAAUGUGUGGGUGAACCAGACAGCGUGGCCCAACUCUUCAUCAAACAUGAACGGCGUCUUCACAUGUAUGUGGUGUACUGUCAGAACAAACCCAAGUCAGAGCACAUCGUCUCAGAGUACAUUGAGACCUAUUUUGAGGAUCUCAGGCAGCAGCUGGGCCACAGGCUUCAGCUCAACGACCUGCUCAUCAAACCUGUGCAGAGGAUCAUGAAGUAUCAGCUACUGCUAAAAGAUUUCCUGAAGUACUACAGCAAAGCAGGAAGGGAUGUUGAAGAGCUACAGAGGGCCGUGGAGGUGAUGUGUUUUGUGCCUAAACGUUGUAAUGAUAUGAUGAAUGUGGGCAGGCUCCAAGGCUUUGAGGGGAAGGUCACAGCCCAGGGGAAGCUGCUCCAACAGGAUACCUUCUCCGUCAGUGAGCAGGACAGCAGCGGCCUGUCCAGACCCAGGGAGAGGCGGGUCUUCCUGUUUGAGCAGCUGGUCAUCUUCAGUGAACCAAUCGACAAGAAGAAGGGAUUCUCGUUGCCAGGGUACACUUUUAAAAACAGCAUCAAGGUCAGUUGCUUAGGUGUGGAGGAGCACUCUGAGGAGGAUCCAUGCCGUCUGGUCCUGACUUCCCGUGGGACUGACAGUAGCGUGACACGAUUCAUCAUGCAGGCGUCAUCUCCGGAGACGCAGCAGGCGUGGGUGAAUGAUGUGGUCCAGAUCUUGGAGACCCAGAGGAACUUCCUGAAUGCCCUGCAAUCUCCAAUAGAGUAUCAGCGCAGGGAGAGCAAGUCAAACAGCCUAGGCAGAGCCACGAAACCUCCUGCUCUAUCAGCCUCCAGCCUGCGGCCGUACUCCUCGGCAUCCAUCGACCGACAUCACCUCCCCAGCCUGCAGUCCUGCAACGCCUCCCUGCCCUCUCUGCAUCUGCCCGGCCAUGGCCAAGCCUCAGAGACGGCCAGCAAGGCUGCUGCUCCUGGUCACUCAGUGCCCCCCCCAGCUCGGCUCCCACUGUCCCCCCCUCAGCAGCUCGGUUUGUGCCCAGAGGCGAGACACUACAAUGUAAUGUCCAACGGCCGCCCCCCCCGCAGCCCGCACAGCAUACAGGUACAUACUGGCGUGACUGACAGUUUUUGUGGAACCGCAUGCACCAAGGCUGGAGCUCAUGCAGUGCAUCGCCCCACUAACCUGGAUCAGCUCGCAGAGAAUGACCAGUGAUGACCUGCAGCGUCCCAUGAACUCACUUUCCCCUUGUGGAGUAGCAGUGCAGUUGGCUGAGAGAAGGCUUACUGUAAUAUGCUCUGUCAGCAUUGUUUUUUUGUUUUUUUACCAGGCAUUUUUCCUGUUCAGAUGUUAUCAUGGUCUCAGUGUCUCCGUCUACACAUCUGGUCCUGAAUUUACUUUCAGUCCUUUAUAAACCAAGACGGUGCAGGCCAAUAAGAAUUUCAACCUUGUAUGAUAAUAUUGACUUGAUUGUCAGACCCUGUGUGUGUGUGUGUGUGUGUGUGUGUGUGUGUGUGUGUGUGUGUGUGUGUGUGUGUGCACAUGUCUAUAAUUGGUGAUAACAUAUCUGUGAUGAUUAGACAAAAUGUGUGCAAACGUGUUUUUGUAGGACAGUACUACAGAGCUUUCCCUUCAUACUGUAAAUGUGUAAUUUUUUUCAUAUGUUUUUCCAUUGAAAAUUCCUUGAUGGAUAUUUUUCUAUUGCGUACUAUUUUUCAUAUGGGACCAUACAACCCUUUUGUUCAACUUUUGCUUUAUUCAAUUAAUGAAUUGGAGCAUAAAGGCCCUUUACACAGAUGGAUUCUGUGUCCUAAAAUCACACUGUCCUUGAAUUCACUCUGAACAUUACAUUACUUUGUUGUGACAUGUGGACAUUUAAAGGGUUACUGCAAUUUCCAGCUUAACUUUGUGAUCUGAGUCCAUAAAAGUUGUGUACGUCUGUGCACACCUUGCAAAAUACUGUAGCAAUGAAUAUGUUUUCCCUUUUUGUGGGGCUAUUUUAACCCUGCCAUUGUUAAAAUGUUAUCUGAAGAAAACACAUUUGCAAACUCGCACAAAGCUCACGUCACUAUCGAGUACAAAGAGGAAAAAGGGAACAAAGAUAAAAAGAGGUGCUCAUCUGUCACUGUCAUCUUGAAUGUAAAUAAUCUUCUGUGGGAUCAUAUUGAAACUGUGUCUCUAUGACUUAUGUUGUGCUCAUACACACAGAGAAAUAAAGAGAAGUGCACACACUGUUCAACACCGUUUAGAGCUGAAUUUCUGUGAGAAAAUGUAAACAUUUUCUGGGCUAUGUUGUUCAGUCGUGUUUCAGCAUAAAACAACUAAAUAUGAAUGCUGCAAUAGCUGGUCACCUAAUUUCUGCAGUCAUAUUUUGUACCACUGACAUGAUCAGAAGUCUCUUAUCAGAGCAAAUCACGAAAAUGUCUUUUGUAGACAGAUAGUUGUAUACUUUUUGAAAUCUCUGCAACCACCAGGCACCCGCCUUAUUAUUUUCUGUAAAUAAAUGCCUGAUCCAUGUGCCCGUUCGGUUAUGAUAGCUGGUGUAGCUUGAUGUAAGGCAAACUCAGUUAUAAUAAUCACAUAUAACAAUCACA